UGUAGCCAGCCAGACACACACACCCACACACACAUUUAUGCUUCUUUAACUCGCAUGCUGACACUCAUCAGCCUGUUCUUUUUUCACCACAAGACAACUUCUCCCCUCCCACAGCUUCCGCUGCAAUCCAAGAUGUCUUCCUUCAACGUGACACCAACCAUGCCUUCAAACCUGACUUCAAAUAGCACCGUGAUCCCCCUCCUCAAAGUGGAAUCCGUCACCUCCAGGGUUCCGGCUCAUACUCAGUACCACAUGGUCCUCCUGUUCAUCUAUUCUGUGGUUCUGCUCAGCGGUUCCUUUGGUCUAAGCCUGAUGGUGCGCAAUCUCCAGACCAACAUAAGAUCCAUCACCACCAUCGCUGUGCUCAACCUCAUCUUCACACACUUCCUCUUCCUCGUCACUGUGCCCUUCAGGAUUUACUACUACACAACUCACCAGUGGGCCCUGGGCCUCGGCUGGUGUAAAACCGUCAGCGGCAUGAUCCACAUCCACAUGUAUGUGUCUUUCGUGCUCUACGUGGUCAUCCUCUUCACGAGGCUGUUGACGUUCUACCACAAAGCCGAGCAGGUGGAGGUCUACCGGAGGCUGCAUGCACUGAUUAUGAGCGCCGCACUGUGGUUGGUGGUGAUUAUCAUAGUGCCUUGUGUCCUCCAUUUUUUAUACGGCCAACAAUAUGAUCAUAUCAAGGACACCCACAACAACAUGAGUGGUCAUGAAGCCAGCGAUGCCUCAUCAUAUACACAUUGCUUCCAGUUUGGCAGUAACAUAGAGAGGGAGUAUGCUGCCAAGGUGUUCAACUACGUGAUAAGCAUCCUGAUCAUCGUUGUGACUAUCAUCCUGACAGCCCUCCAAGCUAAUGUGCUGCUAAUUUUGUACAGGAAAUACGGUCGGGGAUGCAUGUCCCAGCAGAUUUUCUGGGCUCAGGUGAAGAGCCUGUGCUUCGCCCUGAUCAUGGUGGUGUGCUUCCUUCCCUACCACAUGUUCAGGCUGUAUUACAUAGAGCACCUCGACCUGCAGGACAUCAACGAGGUGUUUCUGAGUAUGACCACACUGACCUGUUUGGAUAUGCUCACCUUCGUCGGGAGGGGAACUUGCCGCAUGUGCUACCAAGGCCAGAGAGCAUGAACACUGUCAGUAUCAUGGAGGGAGUCAGAGACUGAACAAGGAAGACUUUCAGUGAAAA